GACGGAAAUGUUUAGCGGAAGUCAGCUUUUUUUUUUCACAGACGUCUAAAAUGUAAAGAAAAAUUCCCAGCAGUCUCUGGGCGAUUUCAUGAAUAUAUAAGAACAGGAAACAUGCUUCAGUCGUCUGACGUCUGCUACCCACCACUUUGUACAUUGCACCAAAUUAUUUGUCAGAAUAUUUGUUUCUGCAUUCGUUUGCGUCGAAAUAUUUUGCGUGUGGGACAGUUUCACUUGAAAGAUGUCUGAACAUUCUUAAGUUACUAGACAACAGAACAUUAACGUAAAAUAUAGAUCUGCCAUUUGAAUACAAUCUUAGUUUCGGAGUUUUGUGAUUGUAAAAUUCUUUAAGCAUGGUCAAAAUUAAGUUAUCAUGUAUAUUUCAAAGGCGUUAGCUUUUCCGUUGACAUUAUUCUGUUGUGUUCAGUUUCACUUUGAUCAGGUUGACUCUACCAAAGUAGCAUUACAGUACAAGUGUUGGAAGACUUGUGGAUUAAAUAAUGAUACCUCCUUGCUCUCUCCUAUCGCUUUGGUGAGGAGGUCGCGCCUUGACUGCGCCACUUCCUGUUCCAAGUCUCCUUGGUGCUUGAAAUAUGUCUUCGCCAUCCCAGGAACAUGUCUCUUGCUUCUCUCACAGGACAUUCCUUGCCCCGCGAACGUCGCUGCUCUGCCGGGCUCGCAGGUCACCACGUGUGUCAAGCUUCUGCCUGCAGCUCUCGCGCCAUGUAGAAUGACCCGGAAGCUGAUCUCUGACGGUGGCGCAAACGUCGUUGACUACGAGACGAUCCUUCAGAUGCUUAUCGUCGGGAGUAAUGUGAAACUCCGGUACAGCCAGGGAGACUCCACCUACGUGGCUAGCACGAACUCUUUCACGCUGUCGUCCACCCUGAUGCCUCCUGUGUUGGCCACUGUCCCUGUCUACAUGACAGGUAUGUAUAGCGCCAAAGUGUCGGUGCGCACUUUCUAUUCCAACACAAGCACGCUAUUGGAAGAGCAGUACAACGACGGCAAUUUACCCAGCAGUACACUAGUGGCCAACAUUAGCCAAUGGCUAGUGCAGCUCAGGUGUGGAAACAGCUCUGGAAACAAGGUGAAAGUCUUAUCAAAGUCGUCCAACACAACUUCCUUGACGGAAGCUGUCGAUAAUGGAUCGACCAUUAAUAUUGUAAUGGUAGACAGCACUAUCAGGUUCCUCGCUGCCAAUAUCAUUAUCAAGUCUGGAAGUAUCGUCCAUGCCCAAUCCUUAUACUACGAAGGCAAGAAAGUCAAACUCCUUACCGUGCGCUCAUCUGGUAUGCCUGACCUCGCCUCGUGGGAUUAUAUAAACAAGGUUCGCAAUGAAAAUGAAUCCGUAACGACAGACUUCAUCUGGUACGCUGAUCCUUGUUGGGCCUUCAUCGCGUCGACACCUGCUGGAAAUAUGGCGGCGCUGAAAAGCGCUAUUCUCUCUGGAAAGAGAGUGCGAGUCGCUUUUAAUGCAACUCCAUCUGAGGUCAUCUAUGCCAACCCAACUUACAUCGGCGUCAACUCUUCGGACAUCAUCACCGCCCAUGUGACAAACUACAUUGACCGAAAAUACCCCGGCAGCUCGCCUGUCUCCUCAAGAUCUCACUAUAUCAUGUCGACGGAUGGAUUUUUGCAGCAGUUUUCGGUACAGUUUGACUCAGAAAUAGUCCAGGCCACUGACAAACCGACCUCAAUCAUCACGUGGUUUACCGACCAGCAAAACUUUACUCUUGUCCACUCCACCGUCGCCCCGUUGAUCUCUCCCAAUCAGACGACACUGGCUCGGCUCAAGGACAAGGUUGCUAACGGAAGUGAGAUCAGGGUGAAGGUCUUUCAAAAUUCGAGCUCACUGCAUUUCUUCACAUGUGAAAGUCUGCAGAUUUCUUACGAUGGCUCCCUAGUCAAGUGUAACGUGAGCGGACAGCUAGCAGUUGACUAUUUUGAAAGCGCCAUGACGGUGACCCAGUCCAGCUCGGGCACGAGCGACACAUUAAUCAUACAAGGGGUCUUCUGCAGCAUCACGAGCUUCUUGAAUCCUUGCGCUACCACCACUACCACCACCACCACCUACAGUCCCACGGUGAAUUCCAGUUGUCCACAGUUUUUGUCCAUCAGCAGCGAUGGAAAGAUGACCAGCACCAUCUCCUGCCUGGAAAGUGGUGCCACGCCAAAGAGCUAUAAGGAGAUGUCUGUAUCUGUCGACUGGUUCGCUGCAGAGUAGAUUCCCUUAGAAUAUCUUGAGGAUCUCACUUAGGCGUAAUCUGUUCUUUGUUGAUAUUAUAUAUUACUGGGCGCCAACAAACUAAAUGUUCAAUGAAAUAAUAAAUAUUUUUAAAACUAUUGAAUUUAACCAAUUAAAAAAAAUUAAGUAGCAUCAAUGUGCGUUUCUUUUUGGUGAAUUUUUAGCAUCAUUUCAAU